AUAAAUAUUGAAAGCAAAAUAUCGAUAAUCGGUGAAGAAGGAAUCUUGCUACAGUAACGAUUAAACUGAACUUCAGAACACAUCUUGCUUCCAUUUUAUCCCAUAUUUUGCUUGAAAGUAUUCACAUUUUAUAUUAAUAAAGAUUAAAAACAAACUUCAAAUUAACAAAACGUAAUUUCAAAAACCAAAUAUUUGAACAGAAAUUUUUACGUUAAAUAAUAUAAAUAGAGGAGAAUAUUUAAAUAUUCUAUCUCGUUAAUGAUCAUAAAAAGAAAACGUAGUUUUAAAAUUAUAAAAAAAUCUCAAACGAUUGAUUCGAUGGGCAAUUACAUGAGGCCUACCGAUCCUUUAAGUCUUUCUCUUCCCAAAGGUAUCAAUGUUGACACGUCCCCUAUCAAACGAUCGAAAUUACCCAUCAUUUUCAUCAUUGGAGGACCGGGAUCUGGAAAAAGGACAAUAACCACACAUGUAGCGGAGAAGUACGGUUUCGAACGUAUAAUAUCCACGGAUAUUAUUCGAAACGAAGUGUCCAAACGAUCGGAUAAGGCCUACGCUCUGGCACGUUAUUUGUCGAGGGGUCAACUGGUGCCAGAGGAUGUAUUAGUGGAAUUGAUCGCGAUAAGGAUGCUGGAGAAUAUUCACAGGAAGAAAGGAUUCUUUAUAAGCGGAUUUCCCCGGGAUAAGAAACAAGGUAAAGUUUUUGAUAAAGAAAUACGAGCACCUGAUCUCGUCUUAUUUCUGCAUGUUCGAAAUUCCGUAAUGACCGACCGAGAAAUGGCAAAAAGCGUGAAAGCUACAGAGAGAGUAUCCGUCACUUUCGAAUAUAUCAGAAAUCGGAUCAAGGAUUUCCAUAGGCGGAACAAAUCUAUACUUAGACAUUACCGUAAAGUCUUGGUGAUAAUCGAUGCUGAGCCUGAAAUAAUGGUCGUGGUCGAAAGUGCGUGUGCAGUUAUAGAUAAUCUUUUAAGAAAAAAAUUUGGAGAAAAUUAUCCAGUCUCAAUGCCAUCGACUUCCAAAUAAAUUUCGAAAUGAUAGAUUUUAUUGUCUAAUGUUUGUAUGAAAGAUCUUUUACAUAAAUGAGACAUAAUAUGUUAUUUAAGAGAGACUUUACUCAGAGUGUAUUAGAUUGUCAAUUUUUAAUUUGAUUAGAUGUAAUUUAAAUGUUAAUUGAUAAUAGUGGACGUACUGUAAAUAGAAGAAGCAUUGUUAAUUAAACAAGAAGAAUAUUUUUGCAAGGAAAUAUAAUUUUUUCCCACAUCGUUAAUAUUCAUCUUUAAAUAUAUGCAGCCGUUCAAAAGUCUUAGAAUUUUUCAAUAGUUUUUUUAUCAUAUUUAUUUGAAAGUUGAAAGAAAUUAAAUACUUUAUACGAUAAUAUUGUGUAUUUCUAAGAUUUUUAUGUUAAAAAUAUACAUUUGAUAUUGUAUGAAAUAAUCUUUGACUAAGUGCAAUCUAAAUAUUAAGAUCAA